AUGGCUGUGACGGCGAUACAGGACAGGACUUCCGAGUUCAAGGCGGUCCUCGCGCAGGCGCAGAAGCGCCAUGCCGCGGGCAAGGUGGGAGCGCAGAGACGAUCACUCCUCACGGACUCGCAAAAGGCAUCGGCAAAUGGCGCGGCGUCGAGCAAAUCUGAGUUCGCUAGGAGAGCGGCGGAAAUUGGACGCGGUAUCGCGGCCACGAUGGGGAAGCUAGAGAAGUUAGCCCAACGCUUCGCGGUCGCGGACGGAGAAUUUUAUCUCUUCCGUGUCGCAACAUGCGCAGCCGCCCCUACAGCAGGCUUCGGCAUCACCCCUCUACGGUACUCCCAAACCAGGGACGCCGGCGCCAGGAGGCGCAGCAGGCCUCCUGCCCCCGGCCAGAGUAGUGGUGGUGAUCUACUCUCGGUGGAGCCGGUCAGCGACAGGCAGCUCCUCAUCAUGGAGGAGGGGGAUCAGCAAAAUGCGUACAUUCAGCAGCGUGGGCAGGCGAUUGAGGCGAUCGAGAAAACGAUUGGCGAGCUAGGCAGCAUCUUUGGGCAGCUCGCCACGAUGGUGCAGGAACAGGGAGAGAUGGUGCAGCGGAUCGACGCCAACACAGAAGACGUGGUGGAUAACGUGGAAGGGGCACAAAGAGAGCUGCUCAAGUACUGGUCAAGGGUGUCAGGCAACCGCUGGUUGGUGGCUAAGAUGUUUGGCGUGCUCAUGAUUUUCUUCUUGUAA